AUGGAUCAUUCUCUUCGAACUACCCAAACGACUGGAGAGGGCCGACGUCCACUUCAUCCGAGCUUGCUCAUUCUUAUUCAUCCGUUUUCGACCAGGAGCAGAGGUCUUCUCGGUGAUUUUUCUGGUGCGCAAUGCCUUGGUCGUACUAUGCCCCUUGUUGCCUUCUGCUGCAGCGAAG